AAGGAUGGUAGUAAACAAAUAACUUCGUCGAGCAUCUUUUUUUUUACAACAGUGACAGUUUAUGACAGCGUGGCCUUGUUGCUCUGUAGGUGAAAGAAGUGUAACAAUUUGUGUAUAAAAAGCUAUCCUCUCCACAGUCAUGGACGAAGUAACGGGAGCUCAGCUCAUUGCCGAGUCUCUGAAGUCUCAGAAAGUGGAGUUCAUGUUUGGGAUAGUUGGUGUUCCUGUCAUUGAAGUGGCCAUGGCUGCUCAGGCUGCAGGGAUCAAAUAUGUGGGAAUGCGUAACGAACAGGCGGCAUGCUAUGCAGCAUCAGCUGUUGGCUACCUCACUGGCAGACCAGGUGCCUGUCUGGUGGUGUCUGGACCUGGACUCAUUCAUGCUCUAGGUGGAAUGGCCAAUGCUAACACAAACUGCUGGCCUGUGGUUGUCAUUGGAGGGUCCUCAGAUCAAAACCAGGAAACAGCAGGAGCCUUUCAGGAGUUUCCUCAGGUGGAAGCAUGUCGCCUUUACAGCAAGUUCUCUGCUAGACCCAGCAGCCUGGAGGCAAUCCCUUCAGUGGUUGAGAAGGCAGUCCGCACAAGUAUGUAUGGACGUCCGGGUGCUUGCUAUGUGGAUAUUGCAGGGGACAUGGUCAACGCUAAAGUGGACAGGAGCAACGUCAGGGUUGUGUCCUGCUGUCCGUCUCCUCCGGUGAGUUUGGCCGACCACUCUGCUAUCACUGAAGCCAUCAGAGUCCUGAAACAAUCUAAAAGACCAUUAAUCAUCAUUGGCAAAGGUGCAGCGUAUGGUCGAGCUGAAGUUGCUCUGAGGGAGUUUGUAGAAAUGAGCGGCCUCCCAUUUCUGCCCACUCCUAUGGGGAAAGGUGUCCUACCUGAUGAUCACCCUAACUGUGUGGCUGCUGCUCGCUCCAGAGCUCUCCUCCAGGCUGAUGUUGUACUUUUGCUUGGAGCCAGGCUGAACUGGAUCCUUCAUUUUGGUCUUCCACCCAGAUUUGACCCUGAUGUAAAGAUAAUCCAGGUUGACCUUUGUGCUGAGGAGAUGGGGAACAAUGUGAGGCCUGCUGUCGCUCUCCUGGGAGACAUCAGCGCUAUCGUCACUCAGCUUUUGGAGUGUGUCCAUAAAGAUGGCUGGAAAUACUCCUCUGGUACAGAGUGGUGGAGCACACUGAAGGACAAAGUCACUGCUAAUGCCAAAAUAUCAAAGGCGCUGGCUCUUCAGUCAUCAGUGCCCAUGAACUACUACACAGUGUUUCAUCAUGUGUCCCAGCUGCUGCCACAUGACUGUAUCAUUGUCAGCGAGGGGGCAAACACCAUGGACAUAGGACGCACCAUGAUAAACAAUUACCUACCUCGACACAGGUUGGAUGCAGGUACAUUCGGGACGAUGGGCGUAGGUCUUGGUUUUGCUAUAGCAGCAGCUGCUGUGGAGAGGAGCGAGAAUAAAGGCCAAAGGAUCGUCUGUGUGGAGGGGGACAGUGCUUUUGGCUUCUCUGGCAUGGAGGUUGAAACCAUGUGCAGGUACAAUUUACCUGUGAUCAUCAUUGUGGUCAAUAAUAACGGAAUUUACAGCGGAGUGGAUCCUGAGACGUGGAAAGAAAUGGCCAAAAUGGGAGAUCUGACGUCUAUAGCCCCCCCUGUGACCCUCCUACCUGAGGCACGCUAUGAUGAGGUCAUGACAGCGUUUGGAGGACGAGGCUUCCUGGUGAGGACGGUGGAGGAGCUGCACAGUGCAUUACAGAUCAGCCUCAAUGACUGGGAGAAACCAAGUCUUCUAAAUGUGCUCAUCGACCCGUCCUCAGACAGAAAACAGCAGGAGUUCCCGUGGCUCACACGCUCCAAUUUAUAGCCUGCAGAGGCGUCUGCUCCUCUGUCCACAACAUUAUCAGAACAGCAGAGAAAGUUUUCUCUGUAAACUCAGAGUGGAAAAGCUCGCCCCUGCUUUUGUGAUUGUUUCCAUGAAAUAACUUUUUUAACUACACAGUUUUACUAAAAUUUAUAUAAUAAUGAAAACAUCAAUAAAUAAAAAAUGCAUUUACAGUGA